AGGUAGUCAAUAACAUAUAGAAGUGUCAUGGGAGCGUCCAGAUCACAGUGCAUGGCUGAUGUAUGUUGAGGAAAAUUCAGAGAAGCAUGGUGCCAGAUGGUGGUAUAUGAUUACUAGCAGUAAAUAAGACAAUCAGUAAUGGCCGGGUGGCGCAAUGGUAGCGCGCUGCCUUCCGGUUGAGGAUGUGGCAGUGGUUGCGUGUUCGAGUCACGUCUCGGUCGUUUCUUUUUCUUUUUCAUUCUUCGCCCUCCUCGGCUCCGACAUACCACACCUACCCAACUGACCCAACUGCUACUACUAUACCACACUGGAUGCUCUCCACGCUUCUAUGUGUUGAAUUUGCUAUCUUCAUUCUCCAUUUAACACUUCACAAUAAUGCAAUCCCAUCCGUAUUUACUACCGACGGUUAAUUCAAUCCGGUACACGCAAAGAUAGUCACAAA